UAAAAGAUUCAUCUACUAUUGGAUGUAGGCUUCCUAAUUUUAAUCGUUAUGAAACGAUUGAAACAAUUAGGAACAUGUUGACUGAAUCUCAACUUAAAAUUCUUAAAAAAUCUUGCUUUGGGAUGUUUUUUCAAUUGCCGUUUGGUAUUGUUCAGUCUCAACUAGUGCAUUUGUUGCUUCUUAGACAAGUUUUUCAAAAAAAUUCUGAGGAAUUAUUGGUUGAUAUGUGUGGGAAGAUUAUGCGGUUUGGAAUUGGGGAGUUUUCUGUUCUUACAGGUUUAAAGUGUGUUGGAGUUGCUAGUAAAUUGCUUUAUCAGUGUCCUGAAGAUGGUUUGUUCAAUAAGUUUUUUGCAUCUGGUGGUCGUCUUACUCGUGAAGCUAUUCGUUUGAAGUUUCUAUCUCGUUGUUGGUCUAAUGACAGUGAUGUUGUGAAACUUGCUAUCCUUUAUUUUCUUGCCAAUUAUCUCAUGGGUAAUGAACUGACUGUUGGUUUUGAUCUCAACUAUGUUGCUAUCAUUUAUAGUGAAGAUUGUAAUGAUUAUCCUUGGGGUAAAGAGAUAUUUGAAUAUUUUAUUUCGCAUAUUGUCGGAAAGAUUUUUGAAACUAAGACUUCUGUUUACAAUAAGUGUCGGGGUCUUAUUGUUGUGCUUCAAUGGUGGUUUUAUGAAAUUUGCAAAAAAGCUUCGGGUCUUAUUUGUUUGAAAGAUGAUUCCUUGAUUUCUACGAUUCCUCGGAUGUUGAAGUGGAAGGCUGAUAAUUCUUUUGACCGAGAAUUUCUUGUUAGAAAGUUCUUCUCCCUUCAUCAUGAUCAGUUCUCAAAUAUUGUUCCAACUAUGGAAGAGAUCGAAAGGCUGCAUCUGGAUAAUCUCUUUAAUAACAACAAUGAAUUCAUUCGUCAUGAAGAUGUGAGGCAUAAUGGUAGUUUUGCACCUUCGACUUCAAACAACUUUGAUGAACAAAUACAUAAUCUUGUGUCUGGUCAGUUGCAAUUACAAGCUGAUUUUAAUAGCCUCAAGCUUUUAGUUCAUAAUUUCUCUGCAAAAGUGUUUGAAGAGUUCAAAGUUGUUCACUCUACGUUGAAG